ACACCUGCCUGGUUGAUUCUUCAGGCAAACGACUUGCAGGCAGAGGUAGUAAAGAAACUCGCUGACUUUCUUCUUGCCGGCUGAUCCAUGGACACGGCGCGGCGCUCGCCGGUGUGCCUCGACCUCAUGGUCGGCCUUCCCAUGGUCCGCGAGCCGUCUCCGGCGAGGGCCGCCGGAAUGGGGAAUGGACCCGACAAGUCCGACAUUGCCAGCCCGGCCUGCGGCAGAGCACCUUCCAUUGCCAACGACGAGGCGAAGGCCAUGGAGGCGAAGCUCACCCAGAUGAGCGAGGAGAACCGGAGGCUGACGGAGAUGAUCGCCUACCUGUACGGCAACCAGCUCGCGCGGCAGAGCCUCGAUGGCGAGGCCGGCGACCCGCCCGCCAGCACGGCCGCGUCGCCGACGGGCAGGAAGAGGAGCAGGGACAGCACGGACACCUCUAAUUCCGGCGAUGCCAACAGCAACAAGAAGACAGGCACGGUCAACGCAGAGCACGCCGACGUCGAGAGCCCGGUGAGCGACAGCACUUGCCGGAGAAUCAAGGUCAAGCGGGUCUGCACCCCGAUCGACCCGUCGGACACCAGCCUUGUCGUGAAGGACGGGUACCAAUGGCGGAAGUACGGGCAGAAGGUGACGCGGGACAACCCGUCCCCGAGAGCCUACUUCCGGUGCGCCUUCGCGCCCUCCUGCCCGGUCAAGAAGAAGGUGCAGCGGAGCGCCGAGAACAGCGCCGUGCUGGAGGCGACGUACGAGGGCGAGCACAACCACCCGCACCCCUCGCGCUCCAGCGAGCUUCCGAGCUGCGCCACGCCGGGCGGCUCCGUGCCCUGCUCCAUCUCCAUCAACUCCUCCGGCCCGACAAUCACGCUCGACCUCACCAACAACAACGGGGGAGGAGGCGUCCAGGUCGUCGACCCGCAGCCGGACCUCAAGAAGGUGUGCCGGGAGGUCGCCUCGCCCGAGUUCCAGAGGGCGCUGGUCGAGCAGAUGGCACGCGAGCUCACCGCCGACACGAAUUUCACCGAGGCGCUCGCCGCGGCCAUCCUCAGAAAGCUGCCGGAUUACUAGCAUUUUUUUUAAUUAGAAGCUAUAGA